CUCACGUGACCACAUAUCUAGUCCUCUCAGGACAGACAACAAAUCCCUAGGCGAGUUUCGUUUCGAGCCGCUCGUGCCGGAGACAGCAAUCGAACCGAUUUUACUUGACGUUCUCGCGAAAACGUACUCACAACUGACUCGACAUGAUUAACACGGUCCGUUUAGUAUCUCGACAGAGCUUUCCUCAAUUUCGCCGUUUGCACAAAUGCAUUGUCCGACAAACGGAAUCGAGCACAGCGGCAGCGACAAAGGCCGCGUCACCACCAUUGCCACCUCCUCCCUCUGACGCUGACAAGCCGGUGGAUCCGAAGAUUGAUAAAAUAGCCAAUGACAUUACUUCUCUCAAUCUGAUAGAAGUAGCGGAGCUCAGUGAUCUAUUGAAGAAACGACUGAAUCUGCCAGAUGCGCCUGUUGUGCCUGUUGGAGGAUUCGUUGCCGCAUCUCAAGCUGUGGAGGAGGAAGAGCAAACGCAGAAGAAGGUACAAACGGAGUUCACCGUUAAGUUGACGGCAUUCGACGAGAAGCAAAAGGUAGCGAUAAUCAAGGAGAUCAAGAGCCUGUUGCCGGACACAAAUCUUGUUCAGGCUAAGAAGUUCAUCGAGAGUGCACCAGCAAUAGUGAAGGCGGACAUAUCAAAGGACGAAGCGGAGAAAUUGCGAGAUGCUCUUACGAAAGUUGGUGGUACAGUCGAGAUUGUAUAACUCGUACAUGUUGAAUACACAUAUUGUUGAUGUAUAUCUGUAAUAUUACAAUAAAAAUUGACAUUUACUCGCA